AUGCCAGGUGACAGCGGACGGCGCGGCUCACGACCGUCCGGCAAGCUGCCGGCGCCCGACUUCGUGACCGCGGGCGGCGUGGGGUCGCGACCCGACGAGCCCGGCGGCGCCGACGGCGAGCUGCUGGAGGCGCGCGGCGUACCGCCGCACUUGUUCGGCCAACUGGGCCCGCGCGUGCAGCACAUGCUCAGCAAUGCCCCGGACGGCCGCGGCUGCAAGAUCCAGCAGCUGCUUCAAGGCCUGCAGGCGUCAGGCGAUGAGAACCAACAGCUUCAGGCAGUGAUAGAGCUGGGCCAGCUGCUAGUGAUGGGCAACGAAGACACACUGGCCACCUUCCCAGUCAGCAAAGUCAUACCGCCGCUGAUUAGACUCAUACAGAUGGAUCACAACUUCGAUGUGAUGAACCAAGCAUGCCGCACGCUGACGUACCUGCUGGAGACGCUGCCGCACAGCUCGGCGACGGCGGUGGCGGCGCUACCGGCGCUGCUGCGCAAGCUACAGCGGAUCUCCUGCAUGGACGUGGCAGAGCAGGCACUGGUGGCCCUCGACCUCAUCAGUCGCCGGCACAGCAACGGAGUGCUGCAGGCGGGUGGCGUCGCCUCCUGCCUGGCCUUCAUCGACUUCUUCUCGGUGGCGGCGCAGCGGUCGGCGCUAUCCGUGACAGCCAACUGCUGCCUCUCGCUGACGCCGGCCGAGUUCCACCGCAUCAGCGACCACCUGGCACCGCUGGCCAGGCGGCUCGCUCACGAGGACCAGAAAGUUGCUGAGGCCGCCUGCCUGGUGUUCUGUCGGCUCGCCGAGACCUUCAAGACGGACCCGCUCAAAGUACAGGCGAUCGCCGACAGCGGAGCGCUCAUCAACGUCCAGCAGCUGCUGGUGGCGUCCCCGGCCGUGAUCGGCAGCUCCACCUUCUGCGAGGUGGCGCGCAUGCUGCGCAUGCUCUGCAGCCACUGCCCGGACAUCGCCGUCCGCCUGCUCUCCGAGAACAUGGCCGAGACGCUGCGUACGCUCCUAUCCGGAGACACGGAGCAGAUGGCGCAGCAGUCGCGGAACUCGGAGGAGGUGUACGCGCUGGUCUGCCUGCUGGCUGAGAUGCUGCCGGCGCUGCCGGCGGCUGGACUGUUCGACGUCGAUCAGUGGCUCAGCAGGGUUCCGCCGCGACCGACCAGCUCUCACGACCGGGACAGCGUUGUAUGGCAGUGGCAGGACGAUGAGGGAAGUUGGCACAACUUCUCGGAGGCAGACAGUGCUGCGAUACAGGCGGCGGCACGCUCAGACGGCAGUCGGGACCCGUCGCGGCCCGAGCUGGCCAACCUGCCGUCGCGCUCUCGGGCGGAAGUAAUCGAGAUGCAGGAGAUGUCGGUGCACCUGGCCGGCUUGCUGUCCUCGACGGAUGUGAAGAUGGUGGUGGCCGGAGUCCAGCUGUCAGAGACCCUGAUGCAGAAGCUGCCAGACCUGUGCAGGGUGCACUACAAAAGAGAGGGGGUGGUGCACCACAUGACGUGUCUGGCGGCCGGGGACGACCCUCUGGAGGGCGUCGGCAGCAGGACCGCACGCCCGGCCCAGGUUGGCGAGACGUCCGCCGACAUGAGUCUGCGGGACGUACUGAAGCGGAGGAGGUCCUCUCGCCGCGGCAGUCUCGCCGCUCAGAGGAACAGCCGCGAAGAGGCUUCAUUUGCCGGAGACGCCCACUCAGGGACAGAUGCCGACCAGACAGGAGGGCCGGAGCAGCUGUCCGUCAAGACGUAUGACGUCACUGGAGGACUGUCCGGCCGCUGUGCGCUCCGCUACUUUAACGAACACCAGCUGAAGUGUAACCUGCAGCGGGUAACGGACGGCGGCAGCCUGCGCCAGUGGCGGCACGGCCCGGUCAAAGUGGACCCGCUGGCGCCGGUGGAGGCGAUCGAGCGCUACCUGGUGAUCCGCGGCUACGGCCGGCCGCAGCCCGGCCGCUGGUCCGACGACAGCGACUCCGACGACGACGUCGACGACGCUCUGGUGCGGCCCACCCCUGCCGGCGGCGGCGUGACCUGGGGUACGGGCGGCUCGUCUCUGAGCGUGCACUGCCGCGAGCUGAGGUACGAGUAG